AACUGAAUACAUACUCGUUUGGACAAUUACAAUUUGCAUGUGCACAUAAAAAGAUCUAAACAAUCUUAAAAGCCUACAUCUUCUUCCACAUUUGCUUCCUUUAAUACUGAUGGUAGCCCAUAUGAAUAUCUUACAAUGGCCCGUUAUCGGUGAAUGAUCAAAAAGUAGGGACUAGAAAGGGGAACUUGUGUGCAGUCUCCAAGAGGAAGUGAGCAUGCAAAUUCUGGGGGACAGCCAACAACUGAUAUGUCAAGUUUUGCAUUUCUUACUGGUACUUCCUUCUGGGGAGCCAUUCACAAGAAGCAGCUCACACCACAACAGUCUACAUAACUGUCCAAACUACCAGCACCUGUUUUACUAUCAGUUGAUGCAUCUCAUGUAACUAUUGCAGGUGUAACAAAGUAGUGAGAAAGUCUACGAGCAUAAUGGAUGCAGAGGCCCGGCUACACAUCAACAGAGGCUCAUCCGUCAGGAAGACUUUAAAGUCUACACUGCUCAGGAGGGGCUCAAAAGUUUCCAACGAAGAAUGGAAGCCAGUAAUCUACAAAGUACUGCGAGGCUGUUACUACCUACUCCUCCUGAUACACCUGGCUGUUGUUAUACUCGGCAUCUACCGCAAUGGCAGAACCACCUAUGACCGCUGGUGUGAAAAACAGAGGGACGCAACACACCCUCCAGCCAACCUGUCCUGCUGGAACUCAACAUGGGACGACCCAACCCUGUCCAAGGACCUGGGCCUGCCCGAGUUCCUCAUUCCUAAGAUUAAAAUCUUGAUCUCUCUGACAAACUCCAUCAUCAUGUUUGUGUUCAUGUCAAAAAGGGGUCAGUUUUUGGGCUUCAUAAAGUCAUUUCGCAGGUGCCUCACCAAAAAGUGGUUUCUGAAUUUUACCUUGAGCUUGAGUCUCGCUUUAGCCUGGAACAUAGCUAAUGCAGUGUUUGGCUUAUCACAGAAAGAUCUGUCUUUCGUUAUCAAUAUUACUGCUUCAGCCUUGAUGUGGAUGACUAAAAAUCUGUUUGACUUUGUCUUUGUGAUUGGCCUAACCCAUUAUAUUCCACCUCCCAAGGCAACCCCUCUGCAUCGCAUGUACGUCUGCACUCUUGCUUUGUAUGGCUUCAGCUAUCUAGCUCAGUUUGCCUACUGUUCGGUUGUUGCUGUCUUCAAAAUGAGCUUUGUAUCCAAAAUCACAGACAAUGAGUUCUUCACUUCCAUCGACAUCCUUCUCACUAUUGCUGCUUCAGGAUAUAACAGAAUGGUGUGGGAUUUCUUCACCACCAAACUGUACAAGCCCGACAGGGACAUUGUCUCCACUGUUUACUAUCCUCUUGUCAUUCCCAGUGACAAUUCAUAUUUACCCUUGGAUGAGGAGGAAAACAGAAAUGAAAGAGAUGCUAGUGUCAACAAUAACUGUACUACCCAGUACCAGGCAAAUUUGACCUGAAUAGCACUACAUUGUAUGUGUAACAUAUAUAGUCAGUAAUGGUCAAGAUUUCAGUGUCUAGUAUAUAUCUAAUAUAAGUAUAUCAUAUAUUAUAUACCUAAUGUAAUUAAAUCACAUUAUAAUAAAAGACAAUAUUAUCAUUACAAUAUCAUAUUGUAUACAUAGCAAGUUACGAAAUUGGUACGAGAUUUUUCUCAUAUGCACUAAACAUGAGAUGGUUUGAUAGUCAGGUUUCACUACUGGCUUGAUAUUGUUCUCAUGUGUAAACUGCUAUUGCAUUGCAUCUUUAAAAAUUGAGACGAGCCAUAUCACGAGAACCUUUGUUGCCUUCUCGUAGUCUAUUUUAUCUUGUUCCAGAUUUAAGUACAUGUGCUGUAGGUAGGAAUAAGUUGUUUUUAGUUGAUAAUUUACAUACCUAUAUUAUAUGCACACCCAUCUAUAUACUCUCAUUAACCUGUUCUUGUAUAGGUGAAGAUC